ACCUUUUGUCAUUUUAAACACUUAAGAAAAAAAACAGGUUUCACUUUUGCUGCUGACAGCCUGACAGGUUACAGUACAUGGCCUUACGGUGACUAUCGUUUGGAUCAAGCAAAGUCUGCAGCAAGUUUCGGCUAUCCACCGCCAUGGUGCGCACUAGUCGACUAGCCGCACGACUUUUCCCUCUACUUACACGAACCAAAUGGAAAAACCUCUAUAGGAACUCUUGUUUUAUUAAAUCUGAAUUAACUACUUUAUAAACUAAUUGCUCUCAUAAAUCUGACAUGGCACAUUAUUUAUUUGCUUUAAACUCUAAAGUUUCAUCACGUUGGAUCUACGCGGGUGUACGUGAUUAUUGCAGCAGGAAAUAGUUUGUUAAAGUUGUCUUUCUUUCUUUCAUAAGGCUUCCCGUCGCCAUGACUUCGCUUUUAAAAUCAUGGUGACAAAGCUAUCUAGUAACUUGGUGCUAGUAUAAGGUUGCUUACUGAUAUCGCUUGUGUGUAAAAGGGACUAACUGGCAACUACUAGCCUAAGUUUGUUCAGACUUCAGAGAGCAGAGUUUGUUAUUAUUCCGUAGCGGCAUAGCGCCCACUGCUGUUUAGUGUUUACUCUCCAAAUCGCCAUUCCAGCCUUCAAGGAAGUAGAAGCAGAAAACGUCUGCGUCUGCGAGCUGUCAGUCAUUUAUCUUGUGUUACUGACUUAUAUAAGCGCGUCGUUUGAAAGAUAUUCUUGCCAACAUCCAUUGAAGCAAGUGAAUUACUUCAGCCUGUAAAGAGAACUAUAUAAAAAUGUCGACAAUAAGAUUAGAGCCAUGUGUAUCGAUCGAUUUCGACAGCUCUACUCUGGACGAAAUUGUGACAAAAGCAAAAGACUGGGCUUUGAUGCAUGGUGUUUGCAUGAGAUCAAGGCAAAAUUUUAGUCCAGAUUCUAUAAAUUUUGCUCCUUUCGUUUUGGUUCCAUCAGCAUUUCCCAAGAAAGAAUUUGAAAAAGCUAUUGAGCUCCAAACUCUUGUCAAUGAGAUGAUACAUCGAAUUGCAAAUAAUUAUGAAUUCCUCAAAAGUACUCUUGCCAUAACCAACACAGUUGAUCCAUUUACUGCACAAUUGUUCAAAAUAUACACCACAGUCCAAGAGGAAGGUGUAUCUCAGGAAGAGUGCUGCUGUGGCUUAUUCCGGUGUGAUUACAUGCUGGACAGAGAUGCAGUCCGCCAGGUCGAAAUAAAUACGAUAGCCAGCUCUUUUGCGGGUAUCUGUACACGCGUAACGCGGCUACAUAGAUUUGUCAUGCAAGAACUCUCUCAUGGGGAUAAACUUCAGCAGAUACCAGAAAAUAAUGCGCUAGAAGCCCUCUGUGGCGGGAUGCUCAAAGCCUGGGAAAUAUACAAUCAACCUCAGGCUGUUAUUUUAUUCAUUAUCGAAGAAAUUACGUACAAUAUUUGUGACCAGAGAUUUCACGAGUUUGAAAUCCGCAAGCAAAAUCCGAAUGUAAGGGUUAUACGCCGCAAUUUGACGCAACUUGGCAGAGGAGGGGCGUCGCUUGAUGCAGAAAAGAAACUGAUUGUAGAUGGACAUGAGGUCGCAGUGAUUUACUUCAGAUGUGGGUAUGCUCCCGAUCAGUACAUGUCAGCUGACGGUUGCGAAUGGGACGCCCGGCUAAUGAUGGAACGCUCAAAAGCCAUUAAGUGCCCAAGCAUAUCGUAUCAUCUCGCUGGGACGAAAAAAGUCCAACAGGUCCUAGCUGAUCCUGGAAAUCUAGAACGUAUAUUUGACGAUCCUGAUAAAGUUGCCAGACUAAGGGAUGUGUUCACUGGGCUUUACUCGCUUGACCUGGACGAAGAAGGUGAUCGCGCUGCUGAAAUGGCCAUCCAGAAUCCUGAUAAGUACGUCCUGAAACCUCAGCGUGAAGGAGGUGGUAAUAACGUAUACGGAGAGGAGGUUGGCGAAGUCUUGAAACAGCUGAAAGGCAAUCCUGAAAGAGCUAGUUACAUCCUGAUGGAUGUUAUCAAGCCCCCAUUACUGCAAAAUUGGAUGGUGCGUCCAUCUACUCAGCCCAUGCGUGUAGACACACUGAGCGAGCUCGGAAUAUUCGGAGUCAUCAUUGGAACUGCCAAAGAAAUCUUGCACAAUUCCGUGGGUGGACACAUGCUGCGUACUAAAAUACACACCGCUAAUGAAGGAGGAGUUGCUGCUGGACUCGGAGCUCUUGAUUCACCAUUCCUUGUUGAUUUAUGAAUUUCGUAAUUUUUAUUAUGAUAGUAAAGUCAUGCCUUCGUAUGAAUAAGUAUUAGGGCUAGAUUAUAUUACUUUGAGGGGAUAGCAACAUUUAUCUUAGAAUCGUUUGGCUUUUGAGGCUAAUAUGUUAUUUUGUAUUCAGGAUAACAACUAUAUUUGAAACAUAAAUUUCUAAUAACAAAA